AUGUCGACGGCGGUGGCGGUCAAGUGGGCGCUCAUCCAGCGCGCGCAGCUGGUGAUCAGGGAGGCCGCGGCGCUGGCAGCGGCGAAGAAAAAGACGAAUGCAUCCGCCGCCGAAGUGCAGAAACAUUUGACUAAAGUGAAUCUGGCCCCCGGCAGCGAGCCUUUGACUUUCAACUUCGUGGGCGUGAUCACGGAGAUGUUGGAGUGGCAGGAUGCUUUCUACCACAAGAACGGCCCGCUUUCACACAUCACCAAGUGGCAGGCCAUCAUGAAUCGGUGCAAGAGCGAUCCCGCCAGCAUCCGCUGGGUGUUCAGUCACAUGAUCGACUUCUUGAAAGCUGGGUUUUACGAGGGCGUGGAGACUGACGACCUCCGCGAGAUUCGAGAGCUGAUGUUGUCCCACAAGACCUACAGGCAGCACCUGACGCCUUUGCCAUGCGCCAGCGACCUGGACGUCCCAACGCAGACCUUGAAUGUGGAGCCGAAGCACCUUUUCACUGUUGCACUGGAUGGGUCUACCAAGCGACGUGAGAAGUCGUUUAUCAUGAGCUUGUCCCUGUGCGAGCAGGUGCUGCACGGGCCAGAGUACGACCACAACUUCAAGACAGCGGUGCGGAAUUCCAAGACAGCGGCAGACGUGCUCACAUACGCCCAAUUCGAGGAGGCCCUCAAGGAGAUCAAGGAUCAGGUGAAGAAAGAGAAGCAGACUAAGAUGCUCGAGCAGGGAUUGCCAGUGCCCCUUGAGAAGCCUGACCAGGACAGUCCGCCGCCCGAGGCCAACGACCAGCCAAUCGCUUCGCAGUACAAGAGCCUGGACGAGGCAAUGAAGAAUGCAACUCAUGACGAUCGAGAACACUGGAACCGUGCUGCACGCAAGCUGAGCAGGGAUUGGAGCAAGAUCUUCGCCCCGAAGGAUUCCGAGAAGGAAUUCAUCGAAGAGAUCGCGUCCUCCGAGAUGGGCUGCGGCAAGGGGGCCUUGGCUGGACUGACCUUGAUUCAUUACAAUGCGGAUCUGUGCGGUGGGUCUGACCAUGCGCCGAGCACUCGCCCUUGCAAUUUCCAGAAAAAGGCUUGCGACAGGGCUGGUGCCCUCGGCGAGUCCAAGUCCAAGAAGAAAGACGACGAGGACUGCGCCGGCGAGGCCGGCGGUGGUGAACACGAUGAUGAGGUUGACAUUGGCGAGGGCUCCACUGCACAAAGGCUCGCGCCACGCAAGAUUAUCGUCGUCAAGGGCGAGAAGAGCGUCAGGGAGCGUAAGGUCCUUUCUCGUGGAGCGGCGUCUAUCAAACAGACUGUUGGCAUGCAGCUGGCAUCUACAUCGGCUCUGAGCCUGCCGGAGAGGCAGUCCCUGAACUACUCGGGGACGAACAAAGGGACCUUUAUCGGUCCAGUGGCGCUGCGCCCGCUGCCGGAGGAAUGGUCCACGACCGUUGCCAACAAGAAGAAGAUGCUGGGGGAGUUCCGCAUCAGGGCUGGCGGCAAGACGGAGGGGGACACCAAGCGCCUGGACACGGACAUCGAGCCCGUGCGCUACCUCGCGUUCCCGCCCGAGCUGUGCGCCGAGCUGCUCCACCGCUACUAUGUGGUGAACGUGAUUGAUCUCACGCCGGGGGACUUCACCUUUGGGGGGGUCUGCAUGGAUAGACGUAUCACCUACUACGCGAUUGCGCGGUCGGAAGAGCACGCCGAAGCCGGCCGUGAGAAGCUGGGCAAGGCUGCCUUGAAGUGCCUGGCCACCGUCGGGCACGCCCACCACAAUCAGAAGUGCACGGGCGCCCUGAAGAGCAAGCGCCCCAUCGACGUCGACGAGGACUCAAACCAGCCGCCACGCCCGAUGAAAAGGAAGAAGGCCACGCCGAAGUCCGAGGCCCAGCCGCCGGCGGGCGAGGGGGAGGGGCCUCCUGAGGAGCCGCUGGUGCUCAAGGGUAAGGCCAAGCCUAAGGGCAAGCCGAAGGGCAAGCCCAAGCCGAAGGUCGAGGCUGAGGAGGGGGAUGACGACGAUGAGGCAGGCUCUGAGUGGGACCUGUCGGGUGAGGAUGACAAGUGA